GCAGCCCCCGGAUGUAGGAGGGAUUGACAGCCAACCAGGACCGCUUCUAGUUUAGCUAGUUUACUACGUGCUCUUUAUUUAUUUUAUUUUAUUUAUUGAGUGCUCAACCAAAGGAAGCUACCGUGUGUACUGUUGCUUUUUUGUUGUUGUUGGUAUGCGAACAAACAUAGAUACCUUUUUCAAAAUCGAAAGAUCAACUGUGCCCAAAGUAGCUAAACGACUGGUGAGGAGUGAGUGAGUGUGAGAGACAGAAGGAGAGAGCGAGAAGGAGUGGUCGUCAUGGCAGCUGAAGCGCAGAGACAGCGUUCUCUGUCUACGUCAGGAGACUCUCUCUACCUGGUCCUGGGGAUCAACAAGAACGCCACACCAGAGGACAUCAAGAAGUCCUACAGGAAGCUGGCUCUGAAGUUCCACCCAGACAAGAAUCCAGACAACCCCGAGGCUGCUGAUAAGUUUAAGGAAAUCAAUAACGCCCACGCCAUCCUGAACGACUGUACCAAGAGGAACAUCUAUGACAAGUACGGAUCCCUGGGACUGUACGUGGCCGAGCAGUUUGGAGAGGAGAACGUGAACACUUACUUUGUCCUCUCCUCCUGGUGGGCUAAGGGCCUGUUCAUCUUCUGUGGCUUGGCGACUGGCUGCUACUUCUGCUGCUGUCUGUGCUGCUGCUGUAACUGCUGCUGUGGGAAGUGUAAACCGCGGCCUCCCAUGGACCAGGAACCAGAGUUCUACGUCUCCCCUGAAGACCUGGAGGCACAGAUGCAGCCUGACGAGAGAGACGUUGGUGGUGAUCCCAUCAUGGUGCAGCCGUCCGGAACAGAGUCCACCAGGCUGACGUCAGACAGCCACUCCAGCUACCGGACCGACACCGGAUACAACUAAACACCCCCCCCCCCCCCCUAAACCCCACGCCCUUCAAGACUCGGUCCUGCCCGAGGAGAAGGUUUCUUUGGCUGCCACUUGAAAUAUUAGCCUGAUAUUAUCAUCAAAACCCCAUUUCACUCUGACAAACACAAGCAUAAUUCCCACCAUCACCUAUAUCCACCGGCCCCUCCGUCUCCUCCCCAGCCUCUCCGUCUCCUCCCCAGCCUCUCCGUCUCCUCCCCAGCCUCUCCGUCUCCUCCCCAGCCACCGGCCUCUCCAUCUCCUCUAUCCACCUACCUCUCUGUCUCCUCC